GUCACUAGAUGUAAACCAAACUGCAAGUUCUGGAAAUUGUUAGCUGUCUUCGCCCUCGCGUCCCCUGCCAGAAGCGGGAGGCUGGCCCAGCGGCCGGCUGUCAGAACCGCUGUUCGUGAUGCUCCUGCUGUGGGUGUCACUGGUCGCAGCCUCGGCGCUGGCGGCAGCGGCCCCGGUGACUGGGGGACAGCGACGGCGAGCAGCCAAAGCGCCCAACGUGGUGCUAGUGGUGAGCGACUCCUUCGAUGGAAGGUUAACAUUUCAUCCAGAAAGUCAGGUAGUGAAACUUCCUUUUAUCAAUUUAAUGAAAGCACAUGGCACUUCCUUUCUGAAUGCCUAUACAAACUCUCCAAUCUGUUGCCCAUCACGUGCAGCAAUGUGGAGUGGCCUCUUCACUCACUUGACACAAUCUUGGAACAACUUUAAGGGUCUAGAUCCAAAUUUUACAACAUGGAUGGAUGUCAUGGAGAAGCAUGGUUACCGCACACAAAAAUUUGGAAAACUGGACUAUACUUCAGGACAUCACUCCAUAAGUAAUCGUGUGGAAGCGUGGACAAGAGAUGUGGCUUUCCUACUCAGACAAGAGGGCAGACCUAUGGUUAAUCUUAUCCCUAGUAAGACUAAAGUAAGAGUAAUGGAAAAGGACUGGAAGAACACAGACAGAGCUGUAAACUGGUUAAGAAAGGAAGCGAUUAAUCACACUGAACCAUUUGUUCUUUACUUGGGAUUAAAUUUGCCACACCCUUACCCUUCACCUUCUUCGGGAGAAAAUUUCGGAUCUUCAACAUUUCACACAUCUCUUUACUGGCUGGAAAGAGUAUCUCAUGAUGCCAUCAAACUCCCAAAGUGGCCACCUCUGUCAGAAAUGCACCCUGUAGAUUAUUACUCUUCCUACACAAAAAACUGCACUGGAAAGUUUACAGAAAAAGAAAUUAGGAAUAUUAGAGCAUUUUAUUAUGCUAUGUGUGCUGAAACAGAUGCUAUGCUUGGUGAAAUUAUUUUGGCUCUUCGCCAGUUAGAUCUUCUUCAGAAAACUAUUGUCAUAUACUCCUCAGACCAUGGAGAGCUGGCCAUGGAGCAUCGGCAGUUUUAUAAAAUGAGCAUGUAUGAAGCUAGUGCCCAUGUGCCACUUCUGAUGAUGGGACCAGGAAUUAGGGCCAACCUACAGGUGUCAGAUGUGGUUUCUCUUGUGGAUAUUUACCCUACUAUGCUUGAUAUUGCUGGAAUUCCUCUGCCUCAAAACCUGAGUGGAUACUCUUUGUUGCCAUUAGCAUCAGAAACAUUUAAGAAUGAACACAAAUUCAAAAAUGUGCAUCCGCCCUGGAUUCUGAGUGAGUUCCAUGGGUGUAACGUGAAUGCUUCCGUCUACAUGCUCCGCUCUCACCAGUGGAAGUACAUAGCCUACUCUGAUGGCACUUCAGUGCUGCCUCAACUCUUUGAUCUUUCCUCGGAUCCAGAUGAACUAACAAAUAUUGCAGUAAAAUUUCCAGAAAUAACUUUGUCUUUGGAUCAGAAGCUUCGUUCCAUUGUAAAUUACCCUGAAGUUUCUGCUUCUGUACACAAAUACAAUAAAGAACAGUUUAUCAAGUGGAAACAAACUGUAGGACAAAAUUAUUCAAAUGUUAUAGCAAACCUUCGGUGGCAUCAGGACUGGCUGAAAGAACCGAAUAAGUACGAAAGUGCAAUCAAUCAGUGGCUUAAAACCCACACUAAUGCGAAAACAGUUUGAACAACAAUAAGAAAUAAAUGUUCUAGAACUACAUACAAAUACAUUAAAAGAUAAAAGUUA